UGCGAUGGAAACAGCACGCCUGCCCUCUCAAACUGCGACAGGGCUUCAGAAAGUCAAAAGAAACUUAUGAAAAGUGUCACUGUAGGCCUUACAUUUUAUGAAAGACUUUACAAUUACCCGUUCAGCUCUCAAUUACAGUCGAUAGAUCCUAUCAAAUAAAGCACAGAUGAACAGAUUACAGUGUGUUGGGCGGCCGUCAGAAGUCUCGUCAAAAGACAAUGAUAAGGAGGUUGCGCCCUUAAAACCAAUGAUUGGCAGCUCAACAGAUCCAGUGGCAAAAGAAUCAGUGGAAUGGAAACCAGAGCAGCAGAAACCAAAACCCAGCGGGAGGACAAGAGGACAGGAUGUAUCUCUAAACUAUGAGACAACAAAUAUCAAAGCUCCAAGUUCCACAAGGCAACCGAAAGCAAAACCCAAAGAGCAGGAUCCCUCUAUGAAGAAAGAAGGCAAUCCUUCCCUGAACUCUGAAACAUCAAGUACCUCACACAAUUCCAAGAGCAGCAGAGGGUAUAAUGCCUCUAAAGCUCCGUCCUUCAGAAAUGUAACCACGCAUGGACAUAAACUACCUAAACAGGUCCCCCCUAUGAUGACAGAAAAGCAAGGAGAAUGUGAAGUCCGGUCAGAAAGUGUGCAUGAAAAACACACCCAGACCCCUCAAGUAGUGUCGUCUGCAAAUGACCAGGAUCCUCAUGAGGCCCAAAGUGAAGAGGAAGAGAACGAGAGCGCAGAAGGACAUGUGCCUCUAGAACUGUUUGCAGAGUUUCUACAGGCUGUGAUGACAAAGAAUUAUCCUCUCGCCAAGAAGCUCUGUCAGAUGAUUUUAAUUUAUGAGCCCCAAAACUCUGAGGCUAAGAGAUUCCUGCCUCUCAUUGAAGAAAAGUUACUGACAGAAGCGGAAGAGGAAUCAGAUGAUGAUGAUGAUGAUGAAUUUGACACAUCUGAUGAUGAUGAUGACAUUGAAGAUGAUGACGAUGAGUCCACAGAUAGCUCUGACACAGACGAAGAGUCCACUGAAAGCACAGACGAUACAUUAUCAUCUGAAUCAUAAAUUUCAGUGCGUUUCCCCCAGUCCUAUAAGCACGCACUGUAUUGUUUUACUAUGUCUAAUGCUUAUAAACAAUGUGUGAUGUGUCCAGAAUAUUAUGUAUGCGCAGGUAUGUCAAAUACUGACUGGACAUUCAAUUAUAUUCUGCGUGAAUUGUAAUCUAACCCCGGUUUCACAGACAAGCCAUAAGCUUAAAUGCAUAUGCACUGGCAUAUCUUAAAAUAUGUCAAUGCCAUUAUUUUGUCUCAGGAUGCAUGCACACCAGCAAUGCUUUUUCGAAGACACAUUUAGUUGAACUAAGGCCUGAUCCUGGUUUACUCUUAGCCCUGUCUGUGAAACCAGGCCUAUAUGUCUUAGGAUAAUAAAAUAGCUAUUCCCAAUUAUCACUUUUUCUGUUUAGUUGUUCAGAUGACGCAAGACAUUUUAGCGCCAUCUGAUGGAGAGAAAAUAACACUAUAGUUUCACAAAUAUGACCGAGGCCAGUUGUCACACAAUAAGGCUGUAUUAAAAAAAGGCAAACAACUAUAAUAUUUUGAAUAUGUAUUUUAUUUUGAAGUCUUAAAGUCUUGUCUUAACUUUUUGUUAUUUUUUACCGAGACCGAGACUCUAGAGUAAAAUGUAUAGCCUACCAUUUUUCGUAAUAGCUGUUGCACAGGUGAACACAAUAAAAUCGUUGCAUGCGUUAAGAUAAUCUUAAUAAAUGCAAAGAUUUUAUUGUGUUUUCAAAUGCUUUUUUGUUGUCAGGACUUUAAUGUAUGCGUCUACAGAAACUGACUAUCAAAUAAACCGACUGGAGUGAGAAGGUGUGACAACUUGCCCCGGUCUCUUCUUGAGCUGUCAAGGGCUGAAACUGCGGCACUGGAAACCAGUACUGACAAGCUGGAUAGGUAGAGGUUAAAAAUGAACGAUCUUACAGAAAUGAACAGAGCAAGUGUUUUUCCAGGGCGCUGCCCAAAAUCCUUCAUUCAAGUUAAAGUUGGUCUGUUCUCUGUUGCCACCUCGUGGAUGUCUUCCAGAUGUCUCGGAUAGGUGAUGACUGGAGCUGAUCCACAAGUC